AUCGACACGCUGAGAACUCAUGGAUUCGAUGGGUUGGAUCUUGACUGGGAAUAUCCAGGAACAAGAGGGGGUUCUCCUAAAAGUGAUAAAGGAAGGUUUACGCUUCUGUGUGACGAACUGCGAGCAGCCUUCGAAGCUGAAGCCAAGGCCACAGGCAAAGAACGWCUGCUCUUGACUGCCGCUGUUGCUGCUGGACUAUGGACUAUCAAAGACGCGUACGAUAUUGAGGGAAUUUCCAAGCCUCUUGACUGGAUCAACAUUAUGACAUACGAUUUGCACGGUACCUGGGAAUCAAAAACUGGUCAUCAYACAGCAAUGGGACCAGAAGGAGACAAGCUUACCUUACCAUUUGCCAUUUGGUAUUGGAUGAACAACAGAGACACAUGGGAAAAGCCUGGUAUUAGAAAAGGAAUGCCUGCCAAUAAAAUCGUUCUUGGACUCGGUACGUACGGACGUGCAUUCGGACUCGCCAGUCCCGGUAACAACGGCCUGGAUGCWGCUCGAGAUUAUCAAUUUACACCCAAAGGUCAAUACACGGGCGCAGAAGGAUUCCUUGCCUAUUUUGAGAUCUGUAAACUUGGGCUGACCGUCGUCCACAAGAACAAAGCCAUGGCACCCUAUGGCUACAAAGGCAAGACGUGGGUUGGUUUUGAUGAUCAACAAAGCUUGAUCUACAAGAUCGACAACGUGGUCAAGAAGAACUCUCUACGGGGUGUUAUGUUCUGGGCGAUCGACUUGGACGACUUCUCAGGUCAGCACUGUGGUCAAGGAAAGUAUCCAUUGAUAAGUGCAGUCAAGAAAUACCUGACAUCUGGUGUACAACCUACAUUCCCMGCAACACCUCCUCCACCAGCGACAACCCAAGCUCCACCAAUUUCCACUCAGUCACCACCAGCACCAGGAACAACUCAAGCUCCCCCUCCAGUCACUACCCAGGGUCCUGCACCUACCACUUCAGGAGGUGGAACCUCCGGUGGAUGUAAGGCUGCUGGUUCCUGGACUGGCAAUGCUGGGAUGGACGCGUGGUGCAAGUCAAAUUGUGCCCUAGGAAAUUGCCCACCUACCCAUUGUGUUUGCAAUUGAAUUAAAAAGAAUUGGCAAACUGCAUGUAAAGAAAAUUAAAACAAUGAUAAUUAACAAUGAAAUAGAGUGCUAUUUA